UUCCCCAUGGCAAUGAGUUACAGGGUUGCGCUAGGGAUUUAAACCUACUCGAAAAAUUGUCCCUCUCUCUCCGGCGGGCAUACCACGAAAUAAUGGUGUCCGGCGGCAAACCGCCUCUCCCCCCUUCCGAUCGGAGGCGAUAUGCUAGAAAGAUAGAUCCCGCUGUGACGGCGUUGCUAGCGUACAUGGAAAUUGAGUACAAGAUGAAGCCAAAGUGGUGCCAUAAAUUUACAAAGGCUCUGGCAAAACAUGUCUUUGACAAACUUCAAUCUCUCUCAUCCAACAAGAAGAAGAAGAAGAAGAAGAAGCAGCCAAACCUACGUUAUGUUACUAUGGCUCAAUUUACGUUAACCAACAAAACUGGACCUAAGGCAUUCAGCAACCCUCCUCUCCGAAGUUAUUGCGAUCUUUUCUUUAAGAAAUAUCGACGUGGAUCCAACACGCCAAAUCCUAAGAAUGAAGCCCCCUCCCUCCCAGUUAAGCCAAAGCCCCUCCCAAGGCCCAACCCCUCCCAAGCUAUAAAAUAUGUGCAUAUGCAUGCUACUUCAUUGGCAUCAAAUAUCCAGAAGGAGUUCAACCUACAUGGUCACUGGUCAAAAGAUUUUAAUCACGACCUCAUUCAAUUAGCGCUGGACAAGCUUCGAUCCAAUAGCCCUGUCGAUGUUGAUGCUGAUCAUGGGACUGCCACCCCCUCCAACAAACACAAUUAUUUUUGUAGUGAUGAAUGGGGGAGAGAGAGAGAGAGACAGAAUUUUGAGUGGCUGAGUCCCCUUGUCAACAACCAGCCAUGGGUCUACUGUGUAAUUUGGAAGCUAGGGGAUGACCCUCAUUCCCUCAAGGUUUAUUGAGUGGUGGGUGUGCUGUUGCAGUAGUGGGCCGUGGAGUCAAUAUAAAGGGUGAAAAUCUGAUUGUUGAAUGCAAGGAUGGUUUGAUUAAGCAUCCAAUGACAAGUAAUGCUUGCAGGAAGCUUGCUCACUUGCCCUUCUCUACCUUUCCUCUGUAUUCACGGAUUCAUUGAGAUGUUGUAAUGUUAAAACAAACCAGGUGGACGACAACUCCGAGCAACGCUGAUGAUG